UUGCACCUAGCUCCAUCGAGACUGAAAGUGCGUUACUGCAACCUCGAAAAGGAAGUAGGCGAGGCGCAUUGUGACAGCUACAGAAUCUACCUGUUAAGCCUCAGUAUUUUGACGUUGCACUUCAUGUGUGAAAAAGACGGAAACCUGUGAAAGAAACCAUUUUUAAGCUUUCUUUGAACACUGCUGUUUCCAUGGACUCUGUUGGACUGUACUACAAAUUUAAGCGGAUAUAUUGGCAUUGGUACUCGUUGGAUGACAAGUUUUGGAACUAAGAAAAAGAGGAACAGAAGAACUGAUAUCAGCGUGAUCCUUGAAACAUCCAAGGAUAUCUUGCUUGUUGGAUGAGGGAUUCUUUCCUGAGACAAUGCCUGUGAUUGUGCUGGAAGCCAGUGACUUCAUAAGUCCGCUGUUUCUGGUGAGGACAUUGGAAGUCUUAUCUAGCUGUAGCACAUUCAGUCUUGUGGCCUCGCUGGAACCUUCCGAGUUAAACAAUAACACAGCUCACAGCCAACACUUCCACAGAUUCUGGUUCUUCUGCAUGUUUACCUGGGGCUUGUUCUUCACCCUCACACUUCUCAUCCACAUACUCAGUGUCAUUCAGUUUCACAGCCUCCUCCCAAUUUCUUGGAAAAACCUGACUAUGACAGUGGCAGUGCUGGGCGCGAUGAUGUGUCUCAGUGCCUCCUUCGUUUUCCCUUGGUUCAUCGUGGAUCAUCAGAAGGUGUCGCCACGCAUGGUGAUGGCAGCGGUGGCAGCCUGCUUCACGUUUGUGGCCUACAGCUCAGAGUCCUACAUCCUUCGCAUCCAGACCCAUGAACAGAGAGGCUAUAUGGGCAGCAUGCCUGGGCUUCUCAAGAUACUCCAACUUUGGGGAGGGUGUCAAAUGAUACCCCUGGCUGUGGAGAUGACCUGUGGACAGCCUAGGCAACCUUUCUGGCAGCUUUGGGUUUCCUGUGCCUCAUAUAGUGUUUGUAUCUUUAUGUCUUUAGUCACCCUUGUGGUAAUACUCGGUGACUUUGCUGGGCGAUGUCCCCUGCCUUUUGACAAAUUUUUGGCUGGGUCCAGUAUGAUUGGGGUGAUGCUCUACAUGGUGGCCACUGUGAUUUCUUUCACCAAAGUUAUGCAGCUCAAGUAUAACAGUCACAGUUAUGGCUUGGUUAUUAUAGAAGCUGUGCUUGUCAGUAUUACUCUGUUGGUCUAUACUGUGGACCUUGCCUUCUCCAUCAAACUGUUGUGUGACAGGAGUCAUACAUAGGGGAACAUAUAACAUUAAUUUAAAUGUGUAUUAGAGAUUGUAUGAAACUGUCUUUUCUACUUGUUUUGGUAAAGUCAAACUGAAUUGAUGCAGUCCCAGGUUUUUAUUUUCGGAUCUGUGACUUGUAACUACGUAAAGUAAACUGAAUAUUAAGCAAAACUAUGUAUACAGCUGAAUAGUGUAUUUAUACUGUUUUACUGAUAUUUGAAAAGGCUAUGCUGCAUGUUCUGUGUAGCUCAAGUGUGCUACCAUCAUCAUAGACAAACUUAUACUUUAAGGGCUAAAUGAAUACAGUAUGUUGUAUUCCUCACUGGUAGCAAGUAAGCAAAUAGUAAGUAAAGAUUAAAAUAUAAACAUGUUUAAUUUGCCUACAUAAAAGGAAUAAACAAAUGCCAAGGAUAAAGUUUAAAUAUUAAACCUCUGUCUCAUUGUUGAAAAACCA